UGUGAAAAUAGACGAAAGAUGAUUCAAUUUAGCCACAUUGUGACGAUCAUUAAUAUCGCAUUGAUGUGCGUUCUAGCGGAAGAACUCUACUCCGAUCGGUACGACAACAUUGACGUCAUGAGUAUUCUUCAGAACGAUAGACUGCGAGAUCAAUAUUACAAUUGUUUUAUGGAAACGACGCCAUGCGUAACAGCAGAUGCAAAAUUCUUUAAAGAGGUUGUUAGCGAAGCUCUCCAAACUAAAUGUAAGAAAUGUACUCAAAAACAAAAGGAAAUAAUGGAUUCAAUAGUGGAUUGGUAUACAAAAAAUAAACCUGAACAAUGGAAAGCUUUCGUCGCAAAGACUAUUGAAAAUCUAAAAAAGAAGAACGAAGGUGCAUAAUUGCUAACAACUGCUGAAAUAACUCAAAUAACGAGGAUAACACG